AUGAUUAGUAUAUCAAGGCUUCACUACUUUAAAAAUAAUGUUUCAUGGGACUUGGAAGGUUUUCUCAAUUGGAGUAUGUUCUAUGCCACCGAUUUCGGAAAUAAAGAUAUGGAACAUCGUGCCUACAGGACGUAUUUAGAAGCAAUUUUGAAUGACCCGAAACUAUUAGAACCUCGUGAUGGUGAAACAGCUCGGGAGUUAGCAGAAGAAGCUUUAAAGGAAUUUAAGAAAGAGGCAAAUUCAGUUAAAAUCGACAUCUUCUGGAGGAAUUGUCCAUCUUUUUUAGAAACAUUGAAUACGGCGGUGAACCUCAAUACUAACAAGAUGAUUGGUCGAGUUUCAGAAUUACAUGAGGACGUCAGCAAUACAAUUUUCAGUAUCACGCAAGAUAAAUUACAUUUUGAACGUAAGCGAGUCCGUUCUCAUGAAGAAGAGUCAGUUGAAUCACAAAAAAAGAAAGCGUCAUCAAGAAAAAGGGGGAAUACUUUACCAGAUGGAACUAAAAUUAAGAAAUCGGCUCCUCUUGACCUGUUUCCAGAUGAAGAAGAUUCCUCCGAAGAGCACGAUGGCGAGGAUAACGAACAAGAUGACGACGAAGAUGUCCCAGCUCCUGAAGAAAUUCUCGAUUCUAUACUUGGUAGUCAAAAAAAAUGGAUUCUGCCCUCUGGUAAAAAUGUUGGUGAUAUUACUGCCAGAAACAUAUCCACAAAUGCAAAAGUAAUUCAAAAGAAGAAGAAAACAUCAGCCAUAGAAAGAGCCAUAUUACGUUACGGAUCAUCACGAAUAAUUGAUUUAUCGACGAAUAUGAAGGAUUGGUUCUCUGUUGAUGACAGGAAAUUCAUGAUGAAAAAUCACAAUGCUAUAUUGCAAGUUCCUGGGAUGGCAGUUGAAGAAAGCUCAUUUGUAACAACCGUUGAGAAUAUGAUAUGUGAACAAAAAGCAAACGAGGCGUAUAAGUUUUGUAUUGAGACGCACAUUGAUUCCAAAGAGAACAGCUAUAUGUACAAGCUUAGUAAAAUAUAUUCCGACUUUAUUUAUAGAUGCAAAGACCGGGUAGAUAUGUUAGAUUAUGGUCAUACAGAAAUCGAUGUAAUUCUUAAGACGUGUUCAUAUAUCAUUGAAGGAUUGAAUAAAGACCUUGUGAUACGCCAAAAAUGGGGGGAAUCUUUUUGCCCGUUAACUAAAAGCAUAGAAUACCACAAAGGUCGAAAAUGUGAUGUACGUUUUUUAUCUACAUCAGGUGUAGAUAUAGGAGAGUGGGAAUUCGCGUCAAACUUAACGGCACAAAAAGCGAUUGCAAAAAAAAUAAACGUUCCUUUUUUGCAGGUUGCUAGUACAAGUGGUCAAAUGUUGGUCGAAGAUUUAGUUGAGGGUUUUUACGUUGUAUUUCCCGGUCCGACAUUUGAAUUUCCCACAAAACUGCGACAUAUCGAAAAUUUAAAAUCGGCUGUUAAUAUUAUCAAGUUUGUUAUGGAUAAGUACAUCCAAACGAACGAGAUAGUGGAAAGUAAAGCUAUUUGUCAACAGUUUCCAGAAAAGAUCGAGAAAAAAUCGGCUCCUCUUGACCUGUUUCCAGAUGAAGAAGAUUCCUCCGAAGAGCACGAUGGCGAGGAUAACGAACAAGAUGACGACGAAGAUGUCCCAGCUCCUGAAGAAAUUCUCGAUUCUAUACUUGGUAGUCAAAAAAAAUGGAUUCUGCCCUCUGGUAAAAAUGUUGGUGAUAUUACUGCCAGAAACAUAUCCACAAAUGCAAAAGUAAUUCAAAAGAAGAAGAAAACAUCAGCCAUAGAAAGAGCCAUAUUACGUUACGGAUCAUCACGAAUAAUUGAUUUAUCGACGAAUAUGAAGGAUUGGUUCUCUGUUGAUGACAGGAAAUUCAUGAUGAAAAAUCACAAUGCUAUAUUGCAAGUUCCUGGGAUGGCAGUUGAAGAAAGCUCAUUUGUAACAACCGUUGAGAAU